CCGGCCGCAGCGACGCACGCGCGCGCCCUCAUACCCUGCCACUGAAAACUCUGGAUACAACGCUGCUAAUUUGAAAUGACCGGUUCUAGACACGAACGCUCGCGAUCUACCUGUGCUUCAAGAGUGUUUGCUCUGUAGUGAUUCCACUAAUUGGUGCUUUUUAGUGUGUGUCGCCGGGAAUGUACGAGAAGUCGCGAUGGACAACUUUACAAUGGCCCAAAUUGCAUUAAAUGGGUAAUUGCUGUGCUGAUACAAACAAUUUAACAAACCAUGAACAGUGAUACAAAAAGAAUGAUCUUUUCGACCGUGACGUAACAAAAAACGCCGGCAAAAUGAAAAACAGCGAGGAGUGUUUAGACUGACGGGACAAGUGAUUUUGAUAAAUAAAAACAGUGUGAUAUUUAUUGAUCUUAUUUAAAUAUUAAGUUAUUAAUAUAAAAGACAUUGUGUUAAUACAAAGUAAUUGUAAAUAUUGACAAAUAGUGAUAAAAAAAGGAACUAUUCAUAAGGAGAAAAAGAAACAAGCCUGCUGGCGGGCGUUUAUUGGGACUUGUCAACCGUGCAGCAGACUCAGAGUGACGCGUCGGCGGCCAUCGCAGGCAUGGGAAUCAAAGUCAUGAUGAAAGCUUUCAAUAAGCCAAAAGACAUCCCAUCGCAGGUGCCGCCGCUCACGCCCGGCACCAAUAAGAAGAUGGCCGAGGCGCUGAAGGCCACCUUUGCUUCUUGGGAAAAGGAGCAACUGCGCCUCGGCGUCCCCAAAGAUCCCCGACAAUGGAGCGAGGGUGCUGUAGCGGCGUGGCUCCGUUGGGCUGCCCGGGAAUUCUCGCUCGAAGGCGUGGCGCUACAACAGUUCGCACGUGCGCAAGGCAAAGACAUAUGUGCCAUGGGACGAGAGGAGUUCGUCGCCCGCGCACCAGCCUUCAUGGGCGACAUACUUUGGGAGCAUCUGGAAAUACUGCAGAAAGAUGUAGAAAAAGAGCGUUCGUUGCUCGCGAACGUGCCGCCGAAUAUGUACGAGAGCAACGUAUGCCUGCCCGAGCUGCCGGACUACAUACCGCCGCCUCCGGCCCACCACUACAACAACAACAACAAUACUGGAGGCUACACAACAGGAGGGCCCCGCGAAACAAACGCCUAUGGGUAUACAGAGGCAACAAGUGGUGCGGCGGCACCAGCGUCGGCGCCUGCGCCCGCGGCUGCCUCCCCUCUCGACGAGUACUACCAGCCGGAGUACCCGCCUGCGCCCCCAGCGGCCCCCGCUCAGCCCUACCUCGAGGACUACUACCACCACGCACACACGCACACGCAGCCCUUGCUCACACACGAGCCAAAAUACCAACCACAUACGUAUACGAAACCAUAUCCCAGAGGUGGCGGUGGAAGGUACGGUGGCGAGGGUUACGGCGAAAGUUACGCGCCGGAGUACGGCGGCGGGUGCGCCGAGUGGGGCGAGUGGCCCGGUGAACAACACGCCCUCAUACCGCAGGACAAGCUUGCGUACCCCGCAUCAGGACCAUGUUUCACUGGUUCAGGCCCAAUCCAGCUGUGGCAGUUUCUGCUAGAGCUGCUCACCGACAAGAGCUGCCAGGGGUUCAUCUCAUGGACUGGAGAUGGAUGGGAAUUCAAACUUACCGACCCAGACGAAGUGGCGAGGCGUUGGGGCAUUCGUAAAAACAAGCCGAAAAUGAACUAUGAAAAACUGUCGCGUGGUCUGCGCUACUACUACGACAAAAACAUUAUCCACAAGACGGCCGGCAAACGUUACGUCUACCGCUUCGUCUGCGACUUGCAAAGCUUGCUCGGGAUAUCUCCGGAACAAUUACACGCUAUGUAUGAACCCAAAAUGGAGAAAAAAGACGACGACUGAGCAACUCUUGCGCGUCUCGAUCGCAAUUCACUUCCAAUCCACGGCGAUCGUCACUCACAAAUAUGUACUAGUUGAGCUCAGGCAGCGAGAUCAAUAUUAAACACUCUGAUGUCAUAAAAAUACCCUUCACAUAGUAAUGUCCGUACGCGUUGUGUUCCUUUACCUUUAUACACAUAUAUUUUAUAGUGAAAUAAACUAAGAAUUAUGUACAUGAAAAUAUUAUAAUGAUGAAAUUAAAAGAGCUGCUUUAUGGAAAAGUGAUCACAUAAUUAUAUUUUUUUUUUAAAUUGGCAAUAUAAUAUCUACUUUUCUCAUAUUAUUUCUAACCAUAAACAAUCACUGAGAUUCCAAUUAAGAAGUGAAAAAAAAAAUUAUAUCUAUCAAUGUUACUUGUCACACACGAUCUGUAGAUAGAAAACAUUUAAAAAAUUCCUACAAACGAUAUUUCGCGCCAUAAAUUCAGUUAACAAGAACAUUAAUAGAACGUAACAAAUAUGUUUAUCUACCACUAAUUAUGGUAUUAUUCUUAAACUCAUAUCAAAUAGCCAUUAAAGUAUAUUUCGUAACGAUGUCGAAUUUGAUCUCAUACACAACCACCAGUGAAAUAUUUUUAACUUUUUUACUAACUACACUACGGCCAAAUCAGUAUCCUUAUUAUGCCUUAUUAUAUGGACAGACAGUCUGUAUUACUCGUAUACUCACAUUUUAUAUUGAUUCUUUAAAUCUUAGUACCAGAAAGACCAAUGGUGCCUUAUCACAACUGAUUGUUAAUCAUUUUUAAAUAAAAAAUAAAUAUUAUUUGCGUCUCGUUUGAAUCAUCCAGUAUUUAAGAGGCAGUAACUUCUUAUUAAUAAUUUCAAAUUCAACUGUAGUUAUGUACCGAAACCAGGUACAUUGCGAAACUGAAAUUAUCGAAAAAAGUCAACGGGCGAAACUAUUUAGUGUUAAAAUAGUAAAAUUCUGCUAUAAUUUUACAAUAACUGUAAAUAUAAGUUAAUUUUGUUACUUUAUAAAAAUAAUUAGGUAUUAUAUUAUAAUAGGUAUUAAGUGUUGUAUGUUUGAUUGGCAAAUUGUUGCAAUAUGCGGUUAAAUAAAUUCAUAGAUAGGAUGAUGACGGACAUAAAAUUGUUUCUUUAGUUACAAUUAAUAUUUGUAAAGUCCAAAGAUUUUCAAAUCAAUAUUGUAUACCUAUUCACUAAUUGGUAAAAUGUGGAAUUACCAAAGGACUUUGUAAUCGUGUAAAUUCUAAAAUAGACACAUACCUACCUGUACUUUCCACCUGUACCCGAAUUACUUAAUGUUUGUUAUGAAGGUGAUGAAAAUUUUAUCUGUGUCAUGAUGCAUAUCUUAUAAUCAAAUUGUUAAGCAACACCGGGUGACGUCAUUAGUCGCUGAUCUCGUGGUAAGGGAUUGUAAUGUCUUACUAGUUAUGAAAUUAAUUAGUUGUAUUAUUUUCAAUUUUUAUAGAUCCUAGCAUACACCGAAGAUAUUUCGAUAAGUUUAUUUUGUAAAGUAUUUCUCCAUCAAUAUCAUACUCUUUUUCUUGUCAAGUGCAAUGCGUUCGGUAGGAUAAAUUAUAAGGAACUUUUACAUUAUUUGUCGAAGGUGCUCUAUGUUUCUGAACACAAUAUAAGAAUAAAUUAUAAAUAUCGUCUUCCCUGUCAAUUAAUUUUAGGUCCGUUCCCUUGUAAGGUACAGUGACUUCUAUUCGGUCGCCAUUUAAGUAAGUACACAUUAGUUUCCAAACUAACAUGUUCAUUGGUACAGAGUACUGAAUUGUGGUAUCUAUGUUUUAUUAAUAUAAAGAUUUUAGUCGCGCUCUGAAACAACAGAGAAUAAGAUAUGGAAUAAGUGAUGUAUGUGCCGCAUAUUCAGGCUUUCCCUUUACAUAAAGCGUUGCAUGCAUAUCUGCAUGUAAAUUAUUCGAUGUAUGUGUAAACCUGAAUUCCACACAAACGCCAUUACCAAGUGAUACCUAUUUGUAGUUACGGCCAAAUUUUGAAUGUAUAAGUGUCGUUGUAUGUAUUGAUGGAAGAUAUAAAUUUAAAUAUAUAUAUUUACGAAAUCA